AUGGAAGAGGAUGGGUACAUUUUGAUUCCCAAGUCUGUCACGAGGCAAGAAGUUGAUAGACAUGGCCAAGAUCUACCGGUUUACUUGUCUGAUAUCCACCGCUAUAUCGAAUGUUUACAGCCCUCUGUUUGGGCUCUGAACAUUUUUCUUCACGAGAAUCCUGAGUUAGCAUUCAAGGAGUACAAAGCUCAUGAUGCCUUGACGAGCUUUAUGCGCAAUCAGGAUGGCUGGAAGGUCACACCAUCUAUGCACAUGGACACUGCAUGGAUGAGUGUUUACGACAGCAAAAGGCCAGGCCCGGCGGUUUCAUUCAACGUGGAGAUGGACGCCCUCCCUGGGCUAGGACAUGCGUGCGGCCACAACCUCAUCGCCGUCACGUCUGUAGCUGCAGCUCUGGCAACGGCAGAGAUGAUGCAGACUCAUCAUAUUGGUGGUAAAGUCGUAGUAUUUGGGACACCAGCAGAAGAAGGCGGCGGCGGCGGCAAAAUCAAACUGCUCGAUGCAGGUGCCUAUGACGAUGUGGAUGUCUCAAUCAUCUCCCAUCCGGGAAUCCUGAACAAUUCCCCAAUGGUCCGCACGACGGCUUACACGCGCCUUAGUGUUUCGUAUAUUGGCCGUGCAGCGCAUGCAGCCAACAGCCCUUGGCUAGGUGUUAACGCUCUGGAUGCUCUCAUCGUGGCGUACAACAGCAUCUCAGUCCUGCGCCAGCAGUUGCGGCCAGACGACAUCGUGGGUCUCCAGAUUACAGACGGUGGUAACAAGCCAAAUGUGAUACAUGAGAAUGCCGCAGGUGUGGCAGUUCUUCGAGCAACUAGCUUGUCUCGGCUGUAUGAACUGCAGCAGAAAGUUGAGGCAUGUUUUCUAGCUGGCGCUCAGGCCACAGGUGCUCAAGUAUCCAUCGAAGUGACCCCAGGCUACCAUGACCAUAUCCCGAAUCGCAUACUCGCAGAUUCGUGGCGAAAGUAUUGGCAAGCUUUACCCGAUCCUCCCGGGCCACCAUUGCCUCCACCUGGCCAGUUUACAUGGGUGAAGGCCAGUACUGAUCAAGGGAAUCUGAGUUAUGCUUUGCCAAGCAUGAAUGUCAGCUUCGCUAUCCCUCCGGGCCCUGAUGGUGGACAACCGCACAGUCCUGACUUUGAAAAGGCUUCAGGCACGAGAGGAGCGUUCGAAAGAGCGAUGAGGGUGGCCAAGGCCAUGGCAGGCACAGCAGUGGAUGUAUGUGCUACACCUGGACUGCUAGACCAAAUCAAGGAGCAGUGGAAACAAGACAUGGCAAAAGAUCACGACUAG